AUGCGAACACGUAAUAAUACUUCUGCAUAUGAAAAAGGAUAUGCUGAACAAGGCCUCUUGAAUGAAUUUUAUCGAUAUAGACUUCCCGAAACAUACGACAUAAAUAUUUCAUUAAUGAAAACAACUCCACAUUUAUGGAAAGUAUUAUUACCUGAUAUGAAUGUUGUACAUUAUACAUGUCGAAAACCUUUUUUAAGAUCUGACCCUGGCAUAUACGCUGAACCUUAUAAACUUUGGAUUAGUUUAUAUAAUGAGAUGGAUAAAAUUUUUAAUUUAGAAAAAUUAGCAUCAGAAUGUGAAAAUAGGUUUUAA